CCGAAAAGGGAGCACCCUUUCCAAGUUCAAAAUUCGAAAUCCUACUGAAGCCAAGAACCACCACCCACCGUCGUCGCCGCCCGCAAAAGCGCACGCCCCGCCUCGUCCCAACUCGCAACGCCCCCACCCCACCCCACCCCGAGAAGCAGACGAAUCCAAACGCGAGCGGCGGCCAUGGUGCGUUGCAGCAACGGCCUCCUGGGCCUCCUCAACGCGUGCGUGCUGGUGCUCGCCGUGGUGGCCCUCGGCGGCGGCGCCUGGCUCAGCCACCGUGCCUCCACCACCGACUGCGAGCGGUUCCUCGAGCGGCCCAUCAUCGCGCUCGGGGUCCUCCUCCUCGCGCUCUCCCUGGCGGGCCUCGCGGGCGCACUCUGCCGCGCGUCCUGCCUGCUCUGGCUCUACCUCCUCGUGCUCUUCCUCCUCAUCGUCCUCCUCUUCGCCUUCACCGUCUUCGCGUUCGUCGUCACCAACCGCGGCGCCGGAUGGGUCGUCUCGGAAAGGGGUUACAAGGAGUACCGCCUCGGGGACUACUCGACCUGGCUGCAGCGGAGGGUGGAGAACGCGCAGAACUGGGCCAAGAUCCGGAGCUGCCUUCAGGGCGGCAAAGUCUGCGAGAAGCUUGGGGCCAGGAAGGAGACGCUCGGCCAGUUCGUCAACAGUAACCUCUCCCCGAUCCAGUCUGGAUGCUGCAAGCCACCAACCGGUUGCAACUUCACCUACCAGAGCGAGACCGUCUGGAUCAAACCUGUUGGCCUCAACACCACCGACGACCCUGACUGCAGCACAUGGUCGAACGAUCAGACCGCGCUCUGCUACGACUGCAUGUCGUGCAAGGCAGGCGUGCUCGCCAACCUGAAGAACGACUGGAAGAAGAUCGCCACCGUCAACAUCAUCUUCCUGAUCUUCCUCAUCGUCGUCUACUCCGUCGGGUGCUGCGCUUUCAGGAACAACAGGCAGGACAACUCGUACCCGGCCUGGAAAUGAGAUUCGUGGCAAUGUAUAGGUUUACUAGGCUGUGACUGUGUUCCUUGCUGGCGUUUGGAUCGUUCCUGUGUCAAGCGCCACUACCAUCCUGUGUUGUGUCAACCGUCACAGGUGUUUGUUUGCCCGGAUUUGUCCCAACCUGACAGUAAAUGCUUAUAAUUUUAAGGAGAUGUAUGUUUGGUUAUA